CCAGUCCAUUAAUAUAAAACAACAAACUCCCUUCACCUGUGAAGACUACAAGGCAGCAAGAAGACAUUCUCCCAGAAAAAGUGCUUAAGUGAUAACUGGGUAACUUGUUAGCAGCACAGAAAUGAAUAAUUCAACGUACAUAAAUUCUUCCACUGAAAAUGUGAUGGCUUUGGAGAGCCCCUAUAAAACUGUUGAGGUGGUCUUUAUUGUCCUGGUAGCAGGGUCUCUCAGCCUAGUCACCAUAAUUGGGAACAUCUUGGUCAUGGUGUCAAUCAAAGUCAACAGGCAUCUACAGACUGUCAACAACUAUUUCCUGUUCAGCUUGGCCUGUGCUGACUUGAUCAUCGGCAUCUUUUCAAUGAACCUAUACACCCUCUACACUGUGAUAGGGUACUGGCCUUUGGGGCCCGUCGUGUGUGACCUCUGGCUGGCUCUUGACUAUGUGGUCAGCAACGCCUCUGUAAUGAACCUCCUCAUUAUCAGCUUUGACAGAUACUUUUGUGUCACCAAGCCUCUGACAUAUCCUGUGAAGCGGACCACUAAGAUGGCAGGCAUGAUGAUCGCAGCUGCAUGGGUGCUGUCCUUCAUCCUGUGGGCCCCUGCAAUUCUCUUCUGGCAGUUCAUUGUGGGAGGAAGGACUGUCCCAGAUGGAGAUUGCUACAUCCAGUUUUUUUCCAAUGCUGCUGUCACUUUUGGCACUGCCAUUGCAGCCUUCUAUUUGCCCGUUAUCAUCAUGACUGUCCUUUACUGGCAAAUCUCUCGAGCUAGUAAGAGUCGGAUAAAGAAAGGGAAAAAAGAAGCUACCCAAAACCAAGAUACAGUUUCCCCCAGCCUUGUCCAAAGUAAAAUAGUGAAACCAAACAACAACAACAUCCCAGCCAGUGGUGAUGGGUUGGAGCACAGCAAAAUUCAGAAUGGAAAAACCACUGGAGAGACGGUGACGGAGAACUGUGUUCAAGGGGAGGAGAAAGAGAGCUCCAAUGACUCCACCUCUGUCAGUGUGGUCGCUUCCAACAUGAAAGAGGAUGAAGCUGCCAAAGAUUCCAGCCAGGCUUCUGCCUCCCAAGACCAUCUCAAAGUGGGGAACUCCAAGCUGACAUGCAUCAGGAUAGUCACCAAGUCCCAAAAGGGUGACUGCUGUGCCCCCACCAACACUACUGUGGAAAUUGUAGGCACCAAUGGGGAGGAGAAGCAGAAUAGUGUAGCCCGGAAAAUUGUCAAGAUGACAAAGCAGCCAGCCAAAAAGAAACCACCUCCUUCUAGAGAGAAAAAAGUUACAAGGACUAUUUUGGCCAUCCUCCUGGCCUUCAUCAUCACCUGGACCCCAUACAAUGUGAUGGUGCUCAUCAACAGCUUCUGCACAUCCUGCAUCCCUGGCACUGUAUGGACCAUAGGUUAUUGGCUCUGUUAUAUCAACAGCACCAUCAACCCUGCUUGUUAUGCGCUCUGCAAUGCUACAUUCAAGAAGACCUUUAAGCACCUUCUUAUGUGUCAUUACAAGAAUAUAGGAGCUACAAGGUAAAAAUAAUAAUAAAAACAAUAAUGGAAACGGUGAAGAAGUUCCAAGUUAAAUUAAAAAAACCCAACUAGAUAAAUGCUAUAGCACUUUAUGCUCUUCUACAGAAUGUGCAAUCCAGGAUGUUAGUGGAAAUACUGACAUAGGGCAUCAGGUCCAUUCCUGAGAA